UAUAUGCUGAAUCAAAUUAAUGCUGUUUUCCAGCAUACAUUGAUUUUAGAUAUUAUUAUAACAUAGGUAUUAUAACAUAGGUAUCUAAUUCUUGGUCAUACUGUAUUCAGGCUUAAGUUUUGCCCUUUUGACCAAAAUACUGGUGCCAUAGGAUAGAUUGGCCAAAAGCAUUGGCCCAGUUUUCUGAUCUGUUUCUCUCUAUACCGGUUAUAAAAUGCUACUUACUAUCAUCCAUGUACUGUAUAAAAAAGUAGCAGAUACCUGAAAAAUGUUCUUCAUCCUAUUUACUACUUCCUAUCCAAAUUUUACUAGUCUCACCUGCUUUCACUAUAAUUUUCACUUCCUAGUUGGCCUUUUCUCUAUCCUUGCCUGAUAAUAUUGGGACCUACAGGACAAUACUGGAGUUUGAAUAUAUGAUGAAUGGAAAUAGGAGCGGAUUUUGAGAAAACAAUGGCAGAGACAAUUAAAAAAUGCAUUGUUUAUCCUCCUAAAUCUACAGUGUCUUCUCUUCUAGCAAGUUGCAGCUUGAACAACAGUAAUUCUUCUAACUCCGGUGGUUCAAUAAAGUAUAAAGAUAAGCUUUACAGCUCUGCUUCUCAGGCAUUACAGGCCUACAUUGAUGAUUUUGAGCUAGAUUGUAUGUCUCAUGAUAAAAAUAUUAGAAAAUUUGACCUUGAUCAGUAUUCUAAGUUCUCCAAAUUUCUUUCAAAAUCCUCAAAUGGUUUUCAAGACUUUGACUUCAAAAGAUCAAAGUCAUUGUCUUGUAGAAACCAGAUGAUUAAUGAUAUAGACUCUAUUAGCCUAACAACUGAUGAUCUAGUACAUUUUCCACCAGAUGGAUCAUUGCCUACCGAUACUUAUAUUGGAUCACUACAUCAAAAUAGCAAGCAGAACAGAAAAUUUCUUAAAAAGACUUCAUCAGAAAAUGAAAGGAAUACCAGAUUUCUAGAUCCUUGCAAUUCUGUGGAGAAUGAGGACCUAUUUACUCCUGUUCUGUUCUCAGAUACCAAUGAAAAACAUUGUGGUGUGAUAACUUCAAAUAAACAUUGCAAAUAUAUUUCUGCUUUAUCAGCACAUUCUUCAGAAAUGCCUUCUCUCACAGAAAAGUCAAAGCACCAUAUUAGAAAAAAUUACCCAAGAUGGCUUACUAGUCAGAAGUCUGACCUUAAUGUGUCAGGGAUAACGAGUAUUCCUAAUUACAAUUAUCCACUUUGGCUACACGAUCAAGAUCUGUUACCUGAUUCAUCCUGUCAAAGUAGUCCUCAGAUGCAAAGAAAAGAACAGCACAUUUAUAUGGAGAAAAAGAAAACUCAGUUUGCUCAUAAACUGGAUUAUUAUGAACACUGCAGCAGCAUUUCAGACUCCACCAGUGACAAAGUAUUAGUUAAUUGUCAACAGAAUUGUGAACUUGGUCAAUUUCAAUAUGAGAAUAUACCUUUCUCAGGGCAAUCAAAAAAGCCAUUCAGUGAUGACAAAAUUGAAUUGCUUAUCCUGAAGGCCAAGAGAAGUCUAGAACAUUCUCCUGAAGGAUUAUCAAGUACUAUGAAAAAUGAUGUCAAUCCCUGCUCCCUAGAUAAACUAGAAACAGAAAGAUCAUGGGAAAAUAUUCCAGUUACUUUCAAAUCUCCUGUGCCUGUGGAUUGUGGUGAAAGACCUCAACAAAUUGUAAAAGUGAAACGUGUUAAUGAGUUCCUUGAGGAUUGUUUAAAUGCAGAAAAUCCGAGAAGUAUGCUGUCUGGAGGUAAACAUCAUGGUCCUGUUGAAGCUCUGAAACAAAUGUUGUUUAACCUUCAAGCAGUGCAAGAAAGUUUUAAUCGGCAUAAAUAUGCUGAGCAAGAUGAAGAGAUUAAACAAAGAGAGAACUUUUACUCUGAUGAUAGCUUUAGCUGCAUCUCCAAAAUGUUGUGUCCAGAGGAUGAAAGUUCUAUAAAGGAAGAUGUAAUUCCUAUUACUAGAUCUCUUCAAAAGGCUUUGCACCAUUUGUCCCGCCUGAGAGAACUAGUUGAGGAUACUCGUGGUAAAUCGAACCUAAUAUAAUUACAGAAGAAUGAAGAUUUUAAAAACUGUUUAAAAACAAAAAUUGAGAUUUCUUUUUAAAUGUUCAUAAAUGGGCUAAUUUUUUUUGUUAUUUCAGAGAUAAUUACUGUAAAUCAUCCUGUUCCCUUAAAAUAAAAAAUUUUAAGUGACA